AUGAAGCUCUCCGUGAGCCUGCUGUGCGCCCUGGCGCUGGCCACGGCCUCGGCCAAGCCCUACGGCAUCAAGGGCAACACCGGCGCUGACCAGUACCUGGACCAGCGCACCGAGGACGGGCUGGGACCCCUUCCCGACAACCUCCCCCGACGCACCGGCCCCGCCAGGGGUGGCUCGUACGGUCCCCGUGGUGGUGGUUCCUACGGCCCCGUCGGCGGCGGCGGAUACGGUCCCACCGGCGGCUCGUACGGCCCCGCGGGUCGUGAGGCCGACGGUGACUACAACCUCGACACGCCUACCCAGGGCUACCGCCAGCCUCAGCCUCAGCGCGGCUCCUACGGUCCCGUCGAAGGCGACUACCCGGUACCCGGCUCCCGCCGUCCUCAGGGCGGCUCCUACGGCCCCGUCGAAGGCGACUACCCGACACCCUCCCGCCGUCCCCAGGGCGGCUCGUACGGCCCUGGCCGCGAGGUCAUGAUCGACGGCGGUGCUCUCCCGGCCCCUGGCUCCCGCCGCCCUCAGGCUGGAGGCUACGGCCCCGUAGGCGGUGGCUCGUACAGCCCCGCUGGUCCUGAGACCGACUACCGCGUCGACACGCCCAGCUCGGACUACCGCCGUCCUCAGGGUGGUUACAACGGACCCGCGCCCGCAGACAGCGACUACUAUCCUGCUCCAAGACCGGGCUCCCGGCGGCCGCAGGGUGGAUCGUACGGCCCUGGCCGCGAGGUCGGCGGCGAUGGCUACUAUCCCGUCGCACCCGGCUCCGGCUCACGCGCUCCACAGGGCGGAUCCUACGCGCCUCGAGGCAGCGGUGCGUACGGCCCCCAGACCGGCAAUCUGCAUUCUGGACCUGAGACUGACCACGGCGUAGAGCACGGCGGGCUCAAGGGCGGUAGACCCCAGAGUGGCUCUUACGGGCCCCAGACCGGUGACCUCCACUCCGGACCCGAGGACGUCGAGCACGGAGGGCUGAAGGGCGGCAGGCCCCAGGGUGGCUCUUAUGGACCACAGACCGGCGACCUCCACUCCGGACCCGCGGCUGAGCAGGGCGGGCUCAAGGGUGGCUCUUAUGGACCCCAGACCGGCGACCUCCACUCCGGACCCGAGGCCGAGCAGGGCGGGCUCAAGGGCGGUAGACCCCAGAGUGGCUCUUAUGGACCCAAGACCGGCGACCUUCACUCCGGACCCGAGGACGUCGAGCACGGUGGUCUCAAGGGUGGCUCUUAUGGACCCCAGACCGGCGAUCUCCACUCCGGACCCGAGGCCGAGCAAGGCGGGCUCAAGGGCG